UGGAUUGUUCACGUGAUGCGUUUCAAAAUUACAAAAUAGCCGCAGACUCGGACGCGGACCAAUUUUUUGAGACUAUCUUAUCUGCGAAUUACGGACUCCCUAGACCCUCUCCGUUACGUGCCACGAUGUCUUCUCUCGAUUCUUACAAAACACAGCUCCUCGAGCAAGCUGCGCAAGUCGGCGCUCUCAAAUUCGGCAACUUCACGCUCAAAUACACCAGUAAAUCUCCCUACUUCUUCAACGCUGGUCUCAUGUCCGAUGGUACCAUUUUACAUACAGUCGCACAAGCUUACGCUGCCACCCUCUGCGCUGCGGCCUCUGACGAUGAUACCACGGUCAACCCCUUUUCCGACUUCGAUAUUCUCUUUGGACCUGCCUACAAAGGCAUUUCACUCGCAGCUUGCACAGCACUCGUGCUUGCAUCCGUGUAUGGCCGCGAUGUCAAAUUCGCAUACGAUCGGAAGGAAGCAAAAGAUCACGGUGAAGGCGGCAGUGUUGUCGGAUGGCCGUCAAAUCGCAAUGAGAAAUGGCGUGUAGUGAUUGUGGACGACGUCAUGACCACUGGCCUUGCAGCAAGCUCCGCUAUAAAACUUGUGGCUCGGCAAGGCGGAGAAGUGGUGGGCGUUGUACAGCUUCUCGAUCGGGAAGAGUUUUCCGAGAUAGACGAGCAGGGAUGCAAGGUCAGCUCGGUGAUGAAGCUGGAGAGUUUGCUGGGAGGAAAGGGGAAGGUACGAAGUGUCUUGAAGAUGCGGGACUUGGUGCAGUGGUUAGAGGAGAAGGAAGCACAAGGGCAGACAACAGAGGAAGAGAAGAAGAGUUUGCAGGCAAUGAGGGAGUAUAGAGACACGUAUGGCGUGUCUUCGCCUUGAGGCUGUACACUUCUUUGAACUUUCAAUUCGAUGGACUAGCAAGUGUAACUAUAGGCAAAUUAGAGCAUCAAUUCAUGAUGAGAAGGAUUAAUUACUUGGUAGCACUUAUGGCGUUCCUCCUCUUUAUAUCCCACCGGUAGAAGCACGUACCAGGAUAGUCUCCUGGAUAGAGGUACCUUUCAGAGAAGGGGCUUAAUAAAACUGAAACUAUGACAGUGCGGCGACCAAGAAUC